UGUGAAUGUUGGUAUUUUUCGCCUGUAAUUCUUGUACCCAUGAUGCAUUGCAUGACGUGUCCUGCAAGUUUUAUCAAUUCCGUAGAUAUGUACUUUCGAUUUUAUUAGAAAGAUAUUUCCGAUUUUAAGUUAAAUGUUUGUAGGUUACGUCUUGUAAAUAUUUAUCUCAUACUUCAGCAUAUUGAAUACAGAGUGACAGUAUUUAUUUAAACGUAAUUUACGAUAUGAUACUGUCCGAGUGUUUAGUGAUUUGUAGUUUAGUAAUACUUGGAGUAUCAAAUGGCUUUUAUUUACCCGGUUUGGCACCGGUUAAUUAUUGCAAAGAGGGAGAUGGAACUGGAGCCAAAACUUGCACGAGUGAUGUCCCACUGUAUGUGAAUCGUUUAAACACGGAAGAGUCUGCCAUACCUUAUGAGUAUGAUUAUUUUGACUUUUGCCAAGUUGAGGGCGUGGCAUCACCUGUUGAGAACCUAGGACAAGUUGUUUUGGGAGAGAGAAUCCGACCAUCCCUGUACAAGAUUGAGUUCAUGCAGGAUAAUCCCUGUCAGUUAUUGUGUACAAAAACAUACAAGAUAAAGGAUAAGGAUUCAGAGGAAAAACUGCUUUUGCUUAAAAAAGGCAUGAGACUUAAUUAUCAGCAUCACUGGAUUGUUGAUAACAUGCCAGUAACGUGGUGUUAUCCUUUGGAAGAUAACCGUCAGUAUUGUAGCCCAGGCUUCCCCAUGGGAUGUUAUGUCAGGGAAAAUGGCGGAUCACAGGACUGUAUUAUCAGUUCCAACUACAACAAACCCAAAACCUUUUAUAUCUUCAACCACGUUGAUCUGGUCAUUACAUACCACAGUGGUAAGGGUGAAGAUUGGGAUGUUGGCUUUGGAUCUAAUGGUGGGCGUAUCAUAUCUGUGAAAGUGACUCCUCGCAGCAUCAAGCACUCAGAUCCAGAUAAACUUGACUGUUCUGAGAAAGACCCAAUGGAUAUAACAGGCAACGAACUGAAACAUGAUUUAAAUAUCGUGUAUUCCUAUAGCGUCAAGUUUGUGAUGAAUAAUACCACCAAAUGGUCGUCACGAUGGGACUACAUCCUGGAGUCAAUGCCACAUACAAAUAUACAGUGGUUUAGCAUUCUUAACUCUCUUGUCAUUGUCCUUUUUCUCUCUGGUAUGGUAGCCAUGAUAAUGCUCAGAACUCUUCACAAGGACAUUGCCCGCUAUAAUCAGAUUGAUUCGGGUGAAGAUGCACAGGAAGAGUUUGGUUGGAAACUGGUGCAUGGUGAUGUAUUUCGUCCGCCUCGCAAAGGAAUGUUGCUGUCUGUACUGCUGGGUUCAGGAACACAAGUUUAUUUCAUGUCCCUCAUUACUCUGGCAUUUGCAUGCUUGGGUUUCCUGUCGCCUGCGAAUCGUGGAGCGCUGAUGACUUGUGCAAUGGUGUUGUUUGUUUGUCUGGGCACUCCAGCUGGAUAUGUAUCUGCUCGUGUGUACAAGAGUUUUGGUGGAGAAAAAUGGAAAUCUAAUGUACUUCUUACUUCAAUGCUGAGUCCAGGCCUUGUAUUCUGCUUGUUCUUCGUGAUGAACCUGGUUCUCUGGAGCAAGGGCAGCUCAGGAGCUAUUCCUUUCACCACACUCAUUGCUCUUCUUGCUCUCUGGUUUGGAGUUUCUGUUCCGCUCACCUUUAUCGGAGCAUACUUUGGAUUCAGGAAGAGGCCAAUUGAACAUCCAGUGAGAACAAACCAAAUUCCUCGGCAAAUCCCUGAUCAGAGCCUUUACACACAGCCAAUUCCAGGAAUAAUAAUGGGUGGAGUUCUACCAUUUGGCUGCAUUUUCAUACAGUUGUUCUUUAUUCUUAACUCACUAUGGUCAAGUCAGAUAUACUACAUGUUUGGAUUUCUGUUCCUGGUUUUCAUCAUACUUGUUAUCACUUGCUCAGAAACAACGAUCCUGCUCUGCUACUUCCAUUUGUGUGCAGAGGAUUACCAUUGGUGGUGGCGUAGUUUCCUCACAAGUGGUUUUACUGCAUUCUAUCUAUUCGUGUACUGUAUCCACUAUUUUGUCACCAAGCUUAACAUUGAAGAUGCAGCAUCUAUAUUUGUCUAUUUUGGAUACACUCUUAUUAUGGUGUUCCUCUUCUUUCUCUUAACAGGAUCCAUAGGAUUUUUUGCGUGCUUCUGGUUUGUAAGGAAAAUCUACAGUGUGGUGAAAGUAGAUUAAGUGCGGUUGAAGAAUUACAGUUGGUUGAACAAUGGAAGUUUGUGAUAAGAACAUGUUCAGACAUAAAUUAUCAUAGUACUGUUUUCCACAUGAAGUGGAAUUUUGAGUAUGUUGUGUGGAGUUUGAAUGUAAAUUGUUCUUGUCAACCAAUGCUCUGUUAUAAUGAUAAUGCACAAAGCCAUACAAUUCAUCAGGUAGCAAGAAUGGGAGACAAUCAUGUAUCAUUGUCAUACGUCAUAAUUUUGAGAACAGGAAGUGAUGCGUUUCAGUUUCCUGGUGGAAUGGAAUGAUGGAUUUAAUGUUUAAACAUUUCUUCGUAACGGAAGAUGGACAUUUCUUACCAAUCUGAGAAAGGUUGUUUUGUGACUAAACACAGACGACAGAUAUUCGUCAUUGACGUCAAGCUGUUAGAUACCUGUACAGUAAUUGCCUAGAUUAAUGAUAGAGUUAGAUAUAAUUUAAUGUUUACAAGUUGGCCAGAUUGGCUUGUAUUUCUUUUCGUUAAGUGCUCUGGGCUUGUGAUUUGUUAUAAAAAUUAACAGAGGUUAUUUCACUGUGAGACAUUAAGAUGUUACACAUCUGUAGUGCGCAGCAUUGGCUUAUGUUUAAAUGAAAUUUGCAUACUAAGAGUAUUUGCAACAUUAUUAUUAUUAUUAUGAAUGAACACUCAUGUUGAUUUAUAAUUUUUCAGUAGAACUCUUGCAGUAGUUCUGAAUAUAAGCUGAGAUUUAAGAAGUUUGAUUUUUUUAAGUACGAGCGAAACUGUAUUGCUCUAAACGAUGGGUUUUGUUUCCAAAUCUUUUGUAGUGUGGUAGAUUGCAAAGGAUAAUGUUAACCCUUCCACCAUUAUGAACAGAACAUUUCAGCCAGUUUGGAACAUGUGGAUUCUUGCAGAUGGAGCUGAUCCUUGAAGUGUAGGGGGUAUUGUGACAUCAGUUUUGGGUUUCAGGAAAUUCCACAGAAAAUAAAUAAGGAAAGGAAAGAUGUGAGGUUAAUAUUUUUAUCAGGAUGCAUUAUUGCACAUACACUUGGAUCAGUAUUGGCUAACAGUGGAAGGGAUAUGUCUUGAAACACAUGUAAAAUAUACAAUUAUAAGGAAUGUUCCAAAAGUAAGGUACACAAGUUUAUUGUAACACAGCAUUUAUUAUGGCCACAAUAAAAUUAUCUUAAUCCACAAACUACUGCUCCGGUAAAUUCGGUUUUUCUGGAGCCAAAGGACAUGAAAAUCUGAGGAUACCAAGUCUGGACUGUGUAACACUUUUGGGUCUGCCGGCUGUGUGGUGUCACGUUAUGGAACGUGAUCACACCUUAUGUUUUCCAUACACAGCAUUAAGCUCCUGAUGAAUUUAUGUUGGACUGUUGCCAUUUCCAUGCAGAAAACGAAUUAAAUUUUUUACUUCUAUGUGUGUCUAGCUCUACAGUCUUGCUAUCAUUUUGGUUUGGAUGUCAUGUACACGUGUGCAGUCUUUGUGUGCUCUUCUUGAUAUUCAAACAUUUGCAUGCAAAAUGCUUCUAGUUAUGAACAUUUACUUCCUGCUUGUUCCUUACUUUCAGAACUUUUUUAGUUCCAGGUUGCCUUGUAGAAUACAUGUAAAUAGUGAACCCUGUAAGCCAUUGACUAUUUACAUAACUUUUUGUAUUGUCUUGGUUGACCACAUAGCAUUGAGGAUCAUCAGUGGAAGGGUUAAUACAUAUUUCUGCGCAAACUUAAGAGUAACCUUUUAGUAAUUAUUAUUCUUGGUCUUUAGAAUUAUACCGGGUGUGGCAGAGGAAACGCAUGUUUUUCAAAUAACAAUAACUCAGUUGAUUUUCAAGUUAAAAAAGUUUUAAUUACACAAAAAGAAAGGUUUUACAAUGCAGUUUUUGUUGAACAUUUUUGAAUUACUUCCGAAAAAUAACGUCCGUCAAGUGACGCCCUUCCUUCUGUACACACUCUUGCAGCACCUCUUCGAAAUUCUGCAUUGCUCUUCCCAACAUUUCUUCCCCCACAGUAGUGAUUUCCUGUGCGAAUGGAAUCUUUCAGUUCCUGGGUGUUGCAUGGUUUGUUUCUGUAGACCUUUGAUUUGAAGUAACCCCACAAAAAAUAGUCACAUACGGAUAGGUCAGGGGAGCGAGGCGGCCAAGGGAUAUCACCGAAACAGGAGAUGACGUUUUGGGGAAACAUGCCAUGAACCACCUGCAUCGAUGCUCUCGGGCCCACGGUGCCAUGGCUACUGAAACUGCAUCAUCUAAGCUGUCUACUAGCAAGGGGCGGAAAUCCUCCACCCUCCUCCUUGCCGAGUACUAACCAUUUGAAAAACAUGCGUUUCCUCUGCCGCACCCAGUAUAAGAUUGAAUUGUAGAAUUCUUCACAGUAUUUCUUUUAUGUUUGGAACCCUCACUACACAACAGAAUAUGUUGUCAGUUAUUUAGAUAUUACAGUUUUCAUAAACAUUUUAUCAUAUAUGUGAUACAUAAUAAAAAUCUUAAGCGCAAGUGAUUUCUUAAGUUUAAAUUAAGAGUAGCCUCCAUUAAUUAAUUCUCACUGUUCAUAUGCACCGAACAAUUAAAGGUUAAGUGCAGUACUGAAAUACGGUUAUCAUUUUGGUAGUAAGCAACUUAAUUUAAAGUCAUGUUACUUUAUGCUUAUGUUGCUGAAUGUAAGAAAAGAGUUUUUAAUUUAUACACUAUAAAUAUUGUCUUUUGAUGUAUGCAAAGACUUUAUUUCACAUGUGAGGUGUGUGCAAGGGUCAGGCAUUUGUUAGUGAUUACUCAGUUUCUUAAAAUAUUAAUCAGAAACUUUAAUAAAUUUAUAAAUUCCUGUAGGAUUUAUUUAGUUCUUGUGUUAUAAACAGUAUAUAUCAGCAUCUGUUAUGUGUUUGAAACGUGUCUCAUUUGGUGACAAGACUGUCUUGUUGCAUUAAAUGUUGUGUGAUUUUUCCAUUUUAGGAGAUCCUGUUUCUAGAAAUUAUGUUCGUUCUAAGAAUUGUAAUUAAAAUACAUUUUAAAUUGGUACUAUUUAUGUGUCUGCUGGUAUUGUGAUUUAACCAAUGAACUCAGUGUGUUAUAUAAGUUUUCAGUUGUCCAGAAUUGUAAGGUCUUGUAAAGUUCUGGAGACAUUUUAUUUCCAUAAAAGAAGCCAAUAUUGAAUGACUCAGUAAAGUAAUGAGGAUAGGUAAGACAAAAUGAAUAGAGUAAUUUUGUGAACAUGAGACAUGUAAUAUCCUUUUUUACAAUUUGUUCUUAAUUUGUUGAGAGAUUCUCGGGCUACAAGCCUGAGAGUCUUCCAUCGACUUCAGUCGCCGCGAAAGCUUCGCUUUAUACAUUUAUUCUUAAUUUUAUGCUUUAACUGGGGACUCGGUGGUGGCAAGUGCUUCACUCUUGGAGACGCUGCAAUGUCUGUGGACCUCGCAAACCAAGACUAUUUCAAGAAUUGAAAUUGCAUGUAUUGAAAUACAGAAAUUUGUUGACUGAAA